GGAGGGGAAGAAGCGGAUGAACAAAAACAACGCGAAGGCGCUGAGCACUCUGCGCCAGAAGAUCCGGAAGCACAACCGCGACUACGAGGGGCUCAUCAGCGCAUACAGACAGAACCCCGAGCAGUCGGCGGAUGAGGAUGAGGAGAAGAAGAGCCGAGACUCCGAGGGCUCUUCCAGCUCGGAGGAUGAGGACGACGAUGGGGUCGGCGCCGCCGCUUUCCUGAAGAAGAAGGAUGGGGGGCGGCCAAAACGAACCGAGGACUCGGAGGACUCGGAGGCGUCGGACUCGGAGGAAUGGGGCUCUUCGGGCUCCGGGACGGAUUCGGAGUCGGAUGAGGAGGAGGGAAAAUACACUUCGCUGGCAUCCAAAUUCCUCAAGAAGGAGGAGGAGAAGAGGGGCGGAGAGCGGCGCCGGGAGGAGAGGAGGAAAAAACCCCACAGACGGAGCCAACGCUGCGAGGAGGAGGAGGAGGAGGAAGGAGAGUGGGAGAGGGUCCGGGGGGGCGCCCCCCUCAUGAAGGAGAAGCCGAAGAUGUUCGCGAAGGGCACCGAAAUCACUCACGCGGUGGUGGUGAAGAAACUCAAUGAGAUCCUUCAGGCGCGCGGAAAGAAAGGCACCGACCGGGCGGCGCAGAUCGAGCUGCUGCAGCUGCUGGUGGGGGUGGCGAAGGAGCACGGCUUGGGGGUCCCCCUGGAGGUGAAGAUCAAAUUCAACAUCAUCGCCUCUCUGUACGACUACAACCCCAACCUGGCCACCUACAUGAAGCCGGAGCUGUGGCAGAAGUGCCUGAGCUGCAUUGAGGAGCUGCUGGACGUCCUCUUCGCCAACCCACACAUCUUCAUCGGGGAGAACGUCCUGGAGGAGAGCGAGAACCUCAGCAACCCCGAGCAGCCGUACCGGGUGCGGGGCUGCAUCCUCACCCUGGUGGAACGCAUGGAUGAGGAGUUCACCAAAAUCAUGCAGAACACCGACCCACAUUCCCAGGAGUACGUGGAGCACCUGAAGGCGGAGGGCUGCGGCUGCAGCGCCCCCUACAGGCGUGGAGGUCCCCAUUCUGCCCCCAUUUGCCCCCAUUUCUGCCCCAUUUUCCCCCCAUUUCUGCCCAUUUUCCACCCAUUUUUCCCCCAUUUCCCCCAAUUUCACCCCAAUAUUCCCCUCUGCUGUCCAUUCUGACCCCCAUUUCCCCUC